AUGACUGCCGAGCUUGGCCAAGCAGAAAAGUCGCCCGUUGCGGUGCUAACGCACGGAGGUAGCAACGGCCUCAAGGGUGGAGAUGGAGAUGGAGAUGGAGAUGGAGAUGGAGAUGCUGCUGCUGUUGUUGCCGUUGGUGUUGCCGAUGAGAGCAACAAGAAGCGCCAGUCGCUGUCCGAUGUCUUUACCAUUAUUGCAGCCGGCGCUGCCCUCAUCUCAGACGGGUAUCAAAACAACCUCAUGACAAUGAGUAAUGUUCUCUUCAAAAAAGAGUAUCCUGCGCAGUAUACAUCUGUCGUCAGCACUCGCGUCACAAUCGGCCUCACAUGCGACUAUCUUGGGCGAAAGACGGCAAUAAUACUCACCACGCUGUUGAUUGUUGUUGGCGGCAUCUUGGCCACUGCUGCUCACGGGACUACCAUUGACGGCAUGUUCUGGAUGCUCCUAGUUGCACGAGGCAUUGUUGGAUUUGGUGUUGGCGGCGAGUAUCCGGCUGCAAGCACAUCAUCCUCCGAGGCCGCCAACGAAAGAGUCCUGGACAAACGCGGCCCAAUCUUUAUUCUUGUUACUAAUCUGCCACUCAGUUUCGGAGGUCCCCUGGCCGUGUCCAUCUUUCUGAUUGUUCUCUCAGCCGCAGGCGAGAAUCACCUGUCGACAGUAUGGCGAGUGUGCUUCGGCAUUGGCAUCCUGCUUCCGCUGUCCGUCUUCUAUUUCCGAAUCAAGAUGCUCACGUCCAAGCUAUACCGCAAGAGUGCUAUCCGGCGCCAUGUGCCCUACGGCCUUGCCCUCCGUUACUACUGGAAGACGCUGAUUGGUACUUGUGGCGCCUGGUUCUUGUAUGACUUUGUCACUUUCCCCAAUGGAGUCUUCUCUGGCACCAUCAUCUCGUCCGUGGUGGACACGCAUGGAGACACGCUACGAAGCACGGCUGAGUGGCAACUCUUGCUGGGGGCCAUUGCUCUGCCCGGUGUCUUUCUCGGGGCCAUUUUGUGUGACCGAGUAGGAAGGAAGAAUAUCAUGAUGAUUGGCUUCUCUGGCUAUCUCGUCUUCGGCCUCAUCAUCGGCUGCGCCUACGAUAAGAUUACCAAGAUUAUCCCCCUCUUCAUAGUCUUUUACGGCCUGAUGCAGAGCUCCGGAAACUUCGGGCCAGGCGAUAUUUUGGGGCUGGUUUCAUCGGAGUCAUACGCAACAAGCGUCAGAGGAACGUUUUACGGCCUCAGUGCGGCUUUGGGCAAGACUGGUGCCGCCGUGGGAACACAGGCCUUUACUCCUAUCCAGAACAACUUGGGCAAGCGGUGGACCUUUAUCAUCGCCGCCAUCUGUGGUGUUGUGGGGGUCUUGGUCACCUACUUCUUUGUGCCCAAUGUCACUGGCGAAGAUCUCGCCAUUCAAGACGAAAAGUUCAAGGCCUAUCUGCUUGAGCAUGGGUGGGAGGGCGAGAUGGGCGUGAAUGACGACAAAGACGUAGCGGCUGUGGAGGAAGACGAGGAAGUGGCCUCUUCCUCACUCAACAUUGGCGAAAAAGGUGUCAAGGUAUAG